AUGGCAGCUCCUAGCCCUGUUCCUCCGGAGGGAUCCCUUGACCCAUCGCAGCCGCCAGCUAUUGAAGGUUUUAGCCCUAGUGUCUACAGAGACUCAGAAAGCUUCAAAGGCAAAUUCCUUCGCAAGACCAGCGAGAAUCCAAUGGUUCCCAUAGGCUGCCUGGGCACAGCUGCCGCCCUCACGUACGGCCUUUACAGCUUCCACCAGGGCCAGAGCCAGCGCUCUCAGCUCAUGAUGCGAACCCGGAUCGCUGCCCAGGCCUUCACGAUCGCAGCCAUUUUGAUCGGUCUGGCUGCAUCCGCUAUGAAGGCUCGACGCUAA